AGACAAGUCUUUUCUUGUUCUGCGUGUCUGUCAUUGAAGGCUGGCCACUCACUGUAACUGACAUUUGUUUCGCGGGACGCUGGUGUGCCUCACGACAACCCCCCUGCUUCCGGACUUUGGACCCCAAGUGCGACUUGUCAGCAGCCGCAGGAGCCACAUAUCCCGACUGCACCUGAGAGUCUGGACGCUCACAACCAUCGCGCCAGUACCUUUCACUACCAACCGUUUCCCCUUUUUGACCACACCUGCAUAAGGUGAAAUUUCCUACAUACGCCCAGCAACCCAUGAAAUAGCGACAGCGCACCGCACAAUCCGCGGCGUCCGACACCGAUACGCGGCCUCAAUAUGGCCUUCUCACACGCUCCGUCAGGAUGGCGGACCGCGCUGUUAGCCGGCUUGAUAGCGACAGUAGCAUGGCUUCCAGCAAUAGUGGCGCAAGAGAAGACGCAAGCCGACUACUUCAUCCACGACCUGCCAGGCGCGCCAAAGCCGCUCCUCAAGAUGCAUGCAGGGCAUAUUGAAGUUGACGCAGAACACAAUGGCAACCUCUUCUUCUGGCACUACCAGAACCGCCACAUCGCAGACCGCCAGCGAACGGUGCUAUGGCUGAAUGGCGGGCCUGGCUGCUCCUCCAUGGAUGGCGCCAUGAUGGAGAUUGGUCCGUAUAGAGUGCGCGAGGGCGGCAAGCUGGAAUACAACAAUGGUUCGUGGGACGAGUUUGCCAACUUGCUCUUCGUCGACCAGCCAGUGGGAACGGGCUUUAGCUAUGUCAACACCGACAGCUACCUCACCGAGCUUGACCAGAUGGCCGCCCACAUGGUGAUUUUUUUGGAGAAAUGGUUUGCGCUUUUCCCCGAAUAUGAAAACGAUGAUCUAUACAUUGCUGGUGAAUCCUACGCGGGACAGCAUAUCCCAUACAUUGCGCGCGCUAUCCUCGACCGUAACAAGAAAAAUCAAGCCAAAUCGCCAUGGCCCCUGAAGGGCCUUCUGAUCGGGAACGGCUGGAUGUCACCCGUUGACCAGUACCUCUCCUACAUACCUUUUGCUUACCAGAAUGGCCUCAUGCGCUCUGGUACAGACAUGGCAAAGCGCGUCGAGGAGCAACAGAGAAUCUGCGUACAGAAGCUCGAGGCUGGCGGCAUGGACGCUGUCGACACGAGAGACUGUGAGCAGAUUAUGGUCCGAAUUCUCCAAGAGACCAAAAACGAAAACGCCGAUCCCAUGAACCAGUGUCUCAACAUGUACGACAUCCGUCUGCGCGACGACUCUUCCUGUGGAAUGAACUGGCCUCCGGAUCUUGCCCAGGUCACCCCCUACCUCCGCCGCGCCGAUGUCGUCCAAGCACUCCACAUCAACACGGACAAAAAGACUGGCUGGCAAGAAUGCAAUGGUGCUGUCUCUAGCCAUUUCCGUGCCAAGAACAGUAAGCCUUCCGUCAAGUUCCUACCCGAGGUCAUUGAGCAAGUUCCUGUCCUGCUCUUUUCUGGCGACAAAGACUUCAUUUGCAAUCACGUCGGCACGGAGGCUAUGAUUCAGAAUCUCCAGUGGAAUGGCGGCAAGGGAUUUGAAGCGUCUCCUGGAGUACAGAAUGCUAAGCAGGAUUGGAUGUUCGAGGGAGAAGCUGCCGGAACAUGGCAGGAGGCGCGCAACCUCACAUAUGUCGUCUUCUACAACUCCAGCCACAUGGUCCCCUUCGACUACCCCAGGCGCACCCGCGACAUGCUCGACCGCUUCAUGGGCGUCAACAUCGAAGCGAUUGGCGGUGCUCCUGCCGACAGUCUGAUUGAUGGCGAGAAGGGUCCACUAACAAGUGUUGGAGACCAUCCCAACUCUACCAAGGCUGAGGAAGACAAGAGCAAGGAGCUCAAGGCGGCCGAGUGGAAGGCCUAUACCCGCUCCGGCGAAGUUGCGCUGGUCAUUGCUGUCAUCGUUGCCUGCAUAUGUGGAUUCCUUCUGUGUCGCAGUCGACGUGCGAAGAGUGCAUACAAGGGUGAUGAUAGUGACGAAGGUCGCGAGUCUCUCCUCACUGGCAUGGGACUUGACAACUUCCGGAGAAAAGAGCGAAGGCAAGACGUUGAGGCUGCAGAUUUCGAUGAGAGGGAGCUUGAUGAGGUGCCAAAGAAGUCCGGGAAGGGCUACGGGCAAAUAAGUUCGGAGAAGGGGCGGGUGCCGCACAACGACUCUUCGUUCUCACUCGGCGUUGAUAGUGACGACGACGAGGCGGGUUCAAGCGACCGCGGCAGGAGAAAGGAGGAGUCAAGAUAG